AUGUGGAAAAGGACGAAGAACACAGGUCCCACUGCCAGCAGACGAACUCUCAUCCGGAGAAGAUCUAAGAUUCCUGGAGUAAUGAUCACGCAGGAUGUAGUAAACAUACCAGAGGGAAAAAGCCUCCCAGAUUUCCAGUGUAAACCAAUGCCAACGACAAUAAAGGAAGGGAAAUUAGCUGUUUUCAAGGCCAUAGUGAAAGGAGAUCCAAAACCGGAGGUGACAUGGAGAAGAGCUAAAGGGACAAUUUCAGACAAGGACAAAUUUCAGACUAAAUAUGAUGAAUCAACUGGAGAGUAUAUAUUAGAGAUCCACAAAGUGACUUCUGAGGAAACAGACACAUACAAAUGCUAUGCUGCGAAUGAAUAUGGCAAAGCUGUCUGCACAGCAACAUUAACUGUGACUGAAGCUUCAACAAAUCCAUUAGAUUUCAGAAAAUUGCUGAGGAAAAGUAAAGUAGAGGAAAAUCAGACAAAGCAAGAAGAUGGGGAAACUGAUAAAAGAUUCUGGGAUGCGAUGCUGAAUGCUGACAAGAAAGACUACGAGCACAUCUGUACUCAGUUUGGUGUUACAAACUUAGAUUUGAUGCUCAAGAAACUGGAAGAGAAGAAGAGGAAGAGAGUACAAAAUAAGUGUAAGGAUGGUGUGAUUCCCUAUGAUGAAGACCCAACAGAGGACCACAGCCUGCUGAGUGCUGGGAGGAUGAAAGAUUUUCGCAUCAAGGGUCUGAUGCAAAAGGCCACAGGAUUCAACGAGGUGGAUGGAGAGGACAACAUCCUCAACACAGGGCUGAAUCAGAUGGAUGGAGGGGUCAACCUCCUCAACACAGGGCUGAAUCAGAUGGAUGGAGGGGUCAACCUCCUCAACACAGGGCUGAAUCAGAUGGAUGGAGAAGUCAACCUCCUCAACACAGGGCUGAAUUAUGUGGAUGAAGAGGUCCUCCAUACAGAGUUUAAAUUUUCCCACGUGGACUUUGUUAUCAAAAUUCAGGAGGUUAAAGCUCAAGAAAGAGAGGAUGCCCUCUUUGAGUGUGUCCUGACACACCCGCUACCCAGGAUCACAUGGAUGGGCAAGGGCAGCGUCCUUGAGGAUGGAGAGAAAUACAGCAUAACCGUGUCAGACCACAAACUGAUUCACAGGCUGCUGAUCAAGGACUGCAAGCAGCUGGACAAGGGCAUCUAUUCAGCUGUGUCUGGCAUUAUGUCCUGCAGUGCCUGGCUGGUUGUGGAAGAUGAGAACGAACCUGCAUUUGCUGGUAAGAAGACGGCUCGUAAAACUACCUUGGCUGGUGGGUCACAGAUUGACCUUGAGAAAGUGGCCAGAGAGCAACAAAUAAAAAACCGUGAGGAGAUGGAGAAGAUUUUAGCAUCAGUAAAAGCAAAACACAAAGAAGGACAACUGAGAGACAAAAAGACAUUAACCACUAGUGGAAGAGAUGAUGACAUAGGUGCAAUCACUGGACCGGGUAAAAGCAGUGGAGCAGUAAAGGACGAGUCAAAUGCUGCAAGGACCAGUGGCCUGUCUGAGCCAACAGGGAGCAAAGGGAAAGCAAAGACCAAAAACUCAAGAGGGGACGGCACAGUAACAAUAUCAGAUGAUUCAGGGUGUGUAACAAAAGCAGAAGAGCAAAUAAUAGUAGACGGCCCCAAGAGCAAGAGACACACCAGAUGUGGUCAAGCAGAUUUUGACAAGGUAACAGAGGAAGAGAGUGGAUUAACUCCAACAGACAGAAACGGAGGAGGACAUUCUGAAGAGAAUGAGGACUUCACUGGAUCUGCCAAUAAUUCAAGAUGCAUAAAAAAUGAUGAAAAUGAAUCCAGCAGCCAGAGCGCUGAUGUAGAGUUGAACCAGAUUCAAACACUUGCCACAAGUCAAAAUGGAAUGGCUGAUUUUGAUCGAAUGAAAGACUCUACUGGGCCUGUCAGGUUUAUACUAGCUGAAGGCUGUGGCUUUAAUACAGAUCCAAAUGAACUAGCAAGUGACAAUGAAGCAAGUGACAGUGACGAGAAUGAGGACUCUACAGGCCAGGGCAAGCUUUCAAGUUGUUCAAAGCAAGGCCAACAGCCACAGAAAGGAGUCAAUGGUGAAAGCACAGGUCCUAAAGACCACAACGAGUGUGACGAGACUGAAGAUGAAACUGGCUCUGCCGCACGUUCAAGGCGUAAAAGACAAGGCCCACUGAUAGAAGAUAAAGUUGCUGAUCCAGGGGUCCAGUUCAUCUGUGGUUUGUCUGACGUCAGUGCAAUCAUCAACGAGACUGCAGAGUUAACAUGUAAGCUCAGCGGUGAAGACUGCGAGGGAGCCUGGUUCAGAGACGGACAAAAGAUAUCCCCAGAUGACAAUUUCACCAUCACUAAAGAUGGUGCAAUCCAUAAAUUAGUCAUAAUCAGGUGCAAGGAAGAGCACUCUGGGAAAUACCGUUUCGAGGCAGACGGCCGUAAAACAGAGGCGAUGAUCAACGUCAAAGAUCCCCCAAGGUUUGACCUUGAAGACCUCAGUGCUUUCAUUCAGCCUGUGACAGUUAAAGUGGGGCACAACAUCAUCCUCAAACUGCAUUUUGUUGGCCACGAACCCAUAAAGAUUCAGUGGUACAAAGAGGGAGAAGAGCUCCAAGAUGACAACAACACGAAGAUAGAGAAAUCUGGGAGUCAUAGCCGUUUGCUCCUGAGCAGGUGCCAAAGGAAGGACACAGGAGAGAUCAAGAUCAAGCUCAAGAACGAACACGGCUUCAUUGAGGCAAUUUCACAGCUAAUUGUGCUUGACAAACCCACUUCACCCCUGGGUCCUGCAGAGGUAACAGAGAGCUCAGCUACGUGUAUUGAAUUUAAGUGGAGGCCUCCAAAGGAUGAUGGUGGCUCACCAGUGAUAAACUACAUAAUGGAGCGACAGCAAGUGGGACGAAAUACCUGGAAGAAAUUAGGGGAGAUCCCAGGUGUGCCCAGCUACCGCGAUAUAGAUGUGGACCACGGGCGGAAAUAUUGUUACCGUGUCCGCGCAGUGACUGCCGAGGGUACGAGUGAAGCGAUGGAGACUGAUGACAUGCAAGCUGGCACACUAGCUUUUCCAGGCCCUCCAGCACCUCCAAAGGUGGCCAGCGCCUACGACGACUGCAUCAACAUGUCCUGGGAUUCACCCAGUAACCGAGGAGGUUCGCGUAUCCUGGGCUACAUCUUGGAGAAACGCAAGAAGGGGAGUAAUCUCUGGACCGUUGUGAAUGCCAUGGAUGAACUAAUAAAAGAGAAGAAAUAUGCAGUGAGAGAUGUUGUGGCAGGUAUGGAAUAUGAAUUCAGAGUCACCGCCAUAAACCUCUCAGGAGCUGGUGAAUUUAGCAGCCCGUCAGAGUUUGUUUUUGCACGGGAUCCCAAGAAGCCUCCUGGUAAAGUUAGAAACCUGAAGUUGACAGAAACGUCUUACACCCACUUGGUCCUGACUUGGACCAAACCUGAGGAUAAACCGGGGAUUCAGGAUGAAGCGAAGGGAUAUUUUGUUGAGAUUCGGCAGGCAGAUUGCAUUGAAUGGUCCCGCUGUAGUCCCACCAUCACGACUUCCUUCAGUGUGAAAGGCCUUAAGUCCAUGGACAUGUACUGGGUGAGAGUGAUUGCGACUAAUGAUGGAGGGGAGAGUGAUCCUGAGGAGCUGGCCAACUACGUCCUUGCGAUGCCCUCACCUGUGAGGCCAAAGUUCACAAACCACAAGAUGAAGAGCUUCAUGGUGGUGAGAGCAGGAAACUCUGUCAGGAUCACAGUGAACUUUGAGGCCUCCCCACGGCCAGAUAUUAUGUGGCUAAAGGACAACGUGCCAGUGACAAAGCGAGUUACAAUCAGUAACUCUGACGGCUCAUCCCAGCUGCUGAUCCCCUCCUCUGAGCGCUCUGAUUCUGGCAUCUACUCCAUUUUAGUGAAAAACUUUGCAGGACAGGAGACAUUCAGUACAGAGGUUCGGGUCACAGAUGAUCCGAAGCCUCCUGGACCGGUAGAACUGGAGGAAAAUGUGCCCGGCACGGUGACGGUGAUUUGGGAGCCUUCUCCUGAUGAGAAGCGUGAUGACCGCCUCCACUACACAGUGUCCAAGCUGGACUCCACCAAACGCACUUGGACCACAGUGGCUGACAGACUCUUCAAUAACAAGUUCACAGUCUGCAACAUCAUGCUCGGCAGGGAAUACAAUUUCCGGGUCUAUGCCAAAAACGACAUGGGCAUAUCUGCACCCUCAGAGUCACCAACCUGGGGGAUGGAGAAGAAGAGAGAAAAGUUUUUGGUGAGCGUACCGACCAGAAAGGACUGUGAUUUGCGAUGCGCUCCGACCUUCAUCGUGCCUUUGAAGCUUCACACUGCACCCAAAGGCUACGAGUGCCACAUGAGCUGCGCAGUGAAGGGAAAUCCCAAACCUCGUGUCACGUGGUAUCGAAAUCACAUCAGCAUAAACACCGACACCAACUACUACAUCUCCAACACCUGUGGAGUUUGCUCCAUGUUAAUCCUCCACGUAGGCCCCAGAGACACGGGAGAGUACACCAUCACUGCAGAGAACGCCCUAGGACGGGCUGAAUGCUCCACCGUCCUCAGUGCGACAGCAGCGCACAUUGGUGGCGGAGGCUCAGCCACUCCCGGCGGCGGCCCGGCCCCCGCGGCCUCCUCCUUCCUCUUCCUGAAUGGACGAACACGCUACCUACGGUCCACGCCUCCCCCGUCUCAUCUCCUGCUCUGCCUCUUCAUCAGGACCCCGCCGCAGCCUGUCGGUACUUCAUUGAGCGGUGAUUGA